UUCAGCCCGGACAAGAUCUUGUUCCUGGUGUUCGUUUGCUUCUGUCAUCCCAAAAGAACAUUAGAGCAUUGUAUUCAUUCAAAGAAGAAGAAGAAGAAGAAGAAGAAGAAGAAGAAGAAGAAGAAGAAGAAGAAACAUAGUACAUCGAUCGCAAAAAGAAUAUGGCAUCCCAACUUGCUGUAUUGAUCAUCUUCCUGUUCUUCUUAGUUUGUUCUUGCGAAUCCCUCGACGAUCGCCUAACCUCACUAAGACCACUCUACCCCGGCGAUAAGCUCAUCUCCGACGACGGUGGCAUGUUUGCUCUCGGCUUCUUCAACCUCACCACCAACUCAACCCCAAGCCUGUACCUCGGCAUAUGGUACAACAACAUUCCCGAGCGCACCUACGUCUGGGUCGCCAACCGCGACAGCCCAAUCACCACGCCUUCAGCGAAGCUAGCUCUCACCAACGACACUUCCGACCUGGUGCUGUCCGACUCCGAAGGCCGCACGGUUUGGGCGACGGACAACAAUGUCGCCGGCAGCAGCUCCGGCGUGCUCCGGAGCACGGGGAGCUUCGAGCUCGAGCUGCAGCUGCCCAAUGGCACAGGCGGCGUAGUAUGGAAGAGCCUCGAUCACCCCACGGACACCAUCCUCCCGACCUUCAGGCUGUGGACCAACUACAAGUCCCACACCGCCAUGCGCGUCGUCGCCUGGAAGGGCCCUCGGGACCCUUCCGCCGGCGACUUCUCCCUCAGCGGCGACCCCACCGGCUGGGGCCUCCAGAUCAUCAUCUGGCGGGGCCAGAGUCGUCGUCGUUCAUGGCGCAGCGGCGUGUGGAACGGCGCGGGGGCCUCCGCCAUCACCAGGUUCAUAUACUCCCAGAUCGUCGACGACGGGGAGGUGAUCUACGCGGCGUACAACGCUGCCGGCGGCCCGACGACGCACUGGAAGCUGGACUACACGGGGAACGUGAGGCUCCGCGUCUGGAACGUCGAGUCAUCGUCGUGGACCGUCCUUUUCGACGGACCCGGCAAUGGCGGCUGCCUCCACUACGGCGCGUGCGGGCCGUUCGGAUACUGCGACGCCACGGGGCGCGAGGGCGGCGUCCAGGAGUGCAGGUGCCUCGACGGGUUCGAGCCGGAAGACGGCUUCUUCCGUGACUUCUCCAGAGGAUGCCGGAGGAAGCAAGCGCUGGCGGCGUGCGGCGGCGCCGGCGCCGGCGGUGAUGGGAGGAGCCAUUAUUUCCUGACCUUGCCUGGGAUGAAGGUGCCUGACAAGUUCCUGUACGUCAGGAACAGAAGCUUUGAGGAGUGUGCUGCCGAGUGCGACCGCAACUGCUCGUGCACCGCGUACGCGUAUGCCAACUUGAGCAGCAUCGUCACCAUGAGUGCUAGCAGUGACAUGUCAAGGUGCUUGCUUUGGACGGGGGAGCUUCUCGACACCGGAAAGGACGGUGAUUUGGGUGAAAACUUGUACCUUCGGCUCGCCGCCGGCUCUCCCGGAAACAACAAGAAGAAGAUCGGCAUGGUCAUGGAGAUUGUGCUCCCAACGAUGGCAUGUCUGCUAAUGCUCACAUCAUGUAUAUGUCUUGCCACUAUAUGCAAGUCAAGAGGCACGCGACGGAACAAGGAAGCACAUGAGAGGAGCGUUCACGAUUUCUGGGAUCAAAAUCUGGAACUUUCAUGUAUUAGCUUUGAGGACCUCACAGCUGCAACGAAUAGUUUCCAUGAAGCCAACAUGCUUGGAAAAGGUGGCUUUGGGAAAGUAUAUAAGGGGAUACUGAAAGAUGGCAAGGAAGUUGCUGUUAAAAGGCUCAGCAACGGUUCUGAGCAAGGGAAAGAGCAGCUUAGAAAUGAAGUAGUUCUGAUCGCAAGUUUGCAGCACAAGAACCUAGUCAGACUUCUUGGUUGUUGUCUCCAUGAAGAUGAGAAGUUGCUCAUAUACGAAUACUUGCCCAACAAAAGCUUAGACAAAUUCCUCUUUGAUCCUGCAAUGAAGUCUAUGCUUGAUUGGCCAAAAAGGUUCAACAUAAUCAAAGGAAUAGCUAGAGGAAUUCUUUACCUCCACCAAGAUUCAAGAAUGAUGAUCAUUCACAGAGAUCUCAAAGCGAGCAACAUAUUGCUGGAUGCAGAGAUGGAACCGAAAAUCUCAGACUUCGGUAUUGCAAGGAUCUUUGGAAGCAGCGAGCAGCAAGCAAGUACUAGACGAGUUUUUGGGACAUACGGUUACAUGUCGCCUGAAUAUACAACGCAAGGCAUUUUUUCAGUCAAGUCCGACACCUAUAGUUUUGGCAUUUUACUACUGGAGAUAGUCAGUGGACUAAAGGUCAGUGCCGCUCCUCAUCUACUAAUGGAUCAUCCAAGCCUUAUUGCUUAUAAAUGUGUCCUCGUGUUUCAGGCAUGGAACUUAUGGAAAGAUGGAAUGGCAAGGAAUUUCGUAGACACAAUGGUUCUGGAGAGCUGCUCGCUCGACGAAGCCUUGCAAUGCAUACAUAUUGGACUACUGUGUGUUCAAGACAGCCCAAAUGACAGGCCACUGAUGUCAUUAGUUGUGUCCAUGCUGAAUAAUGAGGCCAUGUCACGCCCGAUGCCCAGGCAGCCAUUGUUUUUCGCGCAGAGGUAUUAUGAAGCCCUAUCAACAAGAGGAGACUCGGAACACUCUGCUAAUAACGUGAGCCUAUCGAUGCUACAAGGCCGAUAAAGGCCUGUUGAGAUCCCAUGAACACUCUGCGAAUAACCUAGAAAGUGCUUUCUAUUUCAUUAUUAGAUUACUUUCCAAUUUCUCUCAAUUCCUAUUUCCUAGGAACAAACAUGGAACAUGCUACUCCCAUAAGCUAUCAGCGCUGUCUUAUUUU